UUAAAUGUGGAAUAGUUUCAGUGUACAUACGUCCGUUGGGUAAAAGCGGUUUGUGAUGGUAACGAAACAUGGUGUGUAGAUAUUCUUUACUUCUCUUUACAUCGACCAUUUUCCGUUGCGCUGUGGGGAUUAUAAAUAAAUUUAUUUAACCUGAGUGCAGUAUGUGACGGAUAUGUUUACAGUAGUUCAUAAAAACUGGCAUUAAAAGGUGUUUAAUUGCCCAAUUACUUUGUAAAUGUAAUUGACAACUCGGGAAGAUGAGUAACAUUUAUAUCCAGGAACCCCCGACGACAGGGAAGGUUGUCAUGAAGACAACAGUUGGGGACAUUGAUUUGGAGCUUUGGACGAAGGAGGCUCCGAAAGCUUGCAGAAAUUUUAUUCAGUUAUGUAUGGAAGGAUAUUACAACGACACUAUUUUUCAUAGAGUCGUGAAAGGUUUUAUCGUUCAGGGUGGAGAUCCUACGGGAACUGGAGAAGGUGGAGAAAGCAUCUAUGGGCAGCCUUUCAAAGAUGAAUUUCAUACGAGGUUACGUUUCUGCCGCAGAGGGUUACUGGCUAUGGCAAAUGCUGGUAAAGACGAUAACGGAUCCCAAUUUUUUUUCACUCUUGGUGCGACACCAGAAUUACAGAAUAAGCAUACAAUAUUUGGGAAGGUGACAGGAGAAACAUUGUAUAAUAUGCUUAAACUUGAAGAGGGUCUUGUUGACCAGAACGAUCGACCACAUUAUCCUCAGAAAAUUUCUGGUACUGAAAUCUUAAGUAAUCCUUUUGAAGAUAUUCAACCCAGAACGGUUCCAAAAGAGGACGAGGAAGUUAAAUUAAAAAAGAAAGAGAAACCAUCAGCUGUGAAAAACUUCAAUCUCUUGUCUUUUGGAGAGGAAGCCGAGGAAGAUGAAGAAGAAUCCACUGUGUUAAACAAACAAUUGAGUGGCAAGGGCAAAUCUGCUCACGAUAAUUUGAUGGAUCCAAAAUUAAGUUCACAGCCUGCAAUAGAGCCUCACGGGCCACCGAGUAAAAAGAAAAGAGAAGAUCGAAGCAGCGAUUGGGAAAGCGGAGAUGAGGAAUUGACAACGGAGGAAUUAGAAAUAAAGAAAAAGGAAAAGGAGGAAAUGAAACAAAGGAUUAUGAAUAAAUUGAAAGAUACGAAAAGCACUUCUAGUACCAAGAAGGGUAAAGAUUACGAAACCGAUCAGAAGGAAGCUGGAAAUGAAUCGGAUGAAGAAUACUAUUUAGGAAAGGAUCGAGUGGAUGAACGAAGAAAGAAAGCGGAAGCAAUAAGAAAGGAGAUUCGCGAUUUGAAACGAGGAGUUCGAGACGAGAAAAGAGCUAAGGAAGCCAGUGAAAAAGUGAAAAUCGAAGAGGAAGCGAAGAAGGAGGAGAAGACAGGACUCGUAAAGGAAUAUUUGAAGACUCAAGAAAAAUACAAGGAAGCUAAGUCGAAGGUUCCUAAGAAAGGAGCAUCGCGUGAAGACUUUACUCUUCAAAUGUUGAUGAAAUUCAAAAAUAAGCUUCAAAGUGCUAAGGAGCAAGUCGACAGUGAGUCGUUAAGUGACGAGAAGAAAGUUACCGAAGCACCCGAGGAGGACGAUCCAAAUGACGAGUCAUGGAUGACCCAUGUACUGCAUUGCGAAGAAAAAACACCUGUGUUAGCUAAAGACGCCAGCACCAAAGAUGACGACUGGUUUGAGAUUUACGAUCCUAGGAAUCCCCUGAAUAAACGACGGCGCGGAGAGAAAGAGAAAUCGAGCAGUUCUCGGGAGGGCAAGAGUCGCUCUCGGCAUAAAUAAUUUCGAGAAAUGUAAAUGGAUUAUAUAGCGAUUAAGUAAUGAUUAGUUCCCAACGAGCAAGAUGUACAGCAUCUAAUGUUCAAUUGGACUCGAGCACUUAGAUGUGCAAUAAAUAGCCCUUUUC